GACGGCUGCCAUGGCUACGAUUCAUUCUAAUACGGUGCUCCGUGACGCGUUGAAUUCCCUACCCAAUAUGCUUUGCUUCCUCCGCCGCGAGACCGCUAAACGAGACGACUGUGAAGGGAGGGAACUUGGAAUCGUGUGAGGGGAAGCUACAAUCCUGUGUUAGCCGUUAAAGUCUAAGACGUUUGAGGUCAUCAGAUCCGACGGUUUCUGUUGGUCUAUAAAACCCAUUUCAAGACUUGCUUAAGACGGGUAGGUGAGCUGGUUCUUCCGUCGCUGACAGGCUAAGAUGGGUGCCAAGUUGAAAGCCAUUCUGGUGUCUCUUUUUCUUUCAUCUCUUUUGUUCUCUCUGGUCACUUCUGCAUCCAGCAAUGGGUUGUAUAGAAUUGGACUGAAAAAGAUGAAAUUGGAUCGAAAUAACCGUCUUGCUGCACAACUCGAGUCCAAGGAUGGAGAACCAUUAAAAGCUUCUAUUAGGAAGUAUCUUCGUGGUAAUCUUGGAGAUUCUGAGGAUACUGAUAUGGUAGCAUUGAAGAACUACAUGGAUGCACAAUACUUUGGUGAAAUUAGUAUUGGGACUCCCCCUCAAAAAUUUACUGUAAUUUUUGACACGGGUAGCUCUAAUCUAUGGGUGCCAUCAUCUAAGUGUUAUUUCUCAAUUGCUUGUUUUUUCCAUUCCAAGUACAAGUCGAGCCAGUCAACUACGUAUAGGAAAGAUGGGAGAUCUGCUUCCAUUCACUAUGGCACUGGAGCAAUUUCUGGUUUCUUUAGCCGAGAUAGUGUUAAAGUUGGUGAUGUAUUUGUAAAGAAUCAGGAAUUUAUUGAGGCUACUAGAGAGCCUAGCGUCACUUUUUUGGUGGCCAAGUUUGAUGGUAUACUUGGACUUGGAUUUCAAGAGAUUUCUGUUGGAAAUGCUGUCCCAGUGUGGUACAACAUGGUUAAACAAGGCCUCAUUAAAGAUCCAGUAUUUUCAUUUUGGCUCAACCGCAAUGCAGAUGAAGAUGAAGGGGGUGAAAUUGUUUUUGGUGGGGUUGAUCCUAAUCACUUUAAGGGCAAGCACACUUAUGUACCUGUGACAAAGAAAGGCUAUUGGCAGUUUCAAAUGGGUGAUGUUCUUAUUGGUGACAAAGAGACUGGAUACUGCUCUGGUGGUUGUUCAGCAAUUGCUGAUUCAGGAACUUCAUUGUUGGCUGGUCCAACGCCUGUGAUUACCAUGAUAAAUCAUGCCAUUGGAGCCUCUGGAGUUGUUAGCCAGGAAUGCAAGGCAGUGGUGCAACAGUAUGGGCAAACAAUUUUGGAUCUGCUACUGUCUGAGGCACAACCAAAGAAGAUCUGCUCCCAAAUUGGAUUAUGCACUUUUGAUGGAACUCGUGGUGUUAGUAUGGGAAUUGAAAGUGUCGUGGAUGAGAAGAACAGUGGCAAAUCAUCUCCCGAUCUACGGGACACUAUGUGCUCUGCUUGUGAGAUGACGGUUGCCUGGAUGCAAAGCCAGCUUAGGCAGAAUCAGACACAGGAUCGUAUAUUGCAAUACAUCAAUGAGCUUUGUGAUCGGAUGCCGAGCCCAAUGGGAGAAUCUGCUGUUGACUGUGAAAGUCUGUCUUCCAUGCCUAGUGUUUCCUUUACCAUUGGUGGUAAAACUUUUGACCUCUCUCCGGAGGAGUACGUCCUCAAAGUUGGCGAAGGGCCUGUGGCUCAGUGCAUCAGUGGCUUCACUGCUCUGGAUGUUCCUCCUCCUCGCGGACCUCUCUGGAUCCUGGGAGACGUCUUCAUGGGUCGCUAUCACACUGUUUUCGAUUAUGGUAAGCUCAGAGUUGGAUUUGCAGAAGCAGCAUAAAUGAGGCGAGCUCGGCUCCUCUUUAUGCUAGUAUCUAUACCUGCUAGUAUUCGGGCAAAAUACAAACAUAAUAGAGGUGGUCAUGUGGAGUGAUUCUAAAAGUGAGGACCUCUGGCCUUGAACAAUACUCAUGCAUGUAAAUAUUGCUGUGCUUGACCUCGUGUUUCAAUCCAAGGAUUCAUUAGUAGUGCCUGCUUUAUUCACAUUCACUGGGUUUUAUCAUACGCUUGCUGUGUGUUGCUAGAUUAAAACAUUACUAAAUACAGGUGCGGUUUGCUUGGAGAAAUAAUUUAAGUAAAUGUAAGAUGUUUAUUUUGUGGGA